AUGGGAAGUGGGUAGUGUUGUUAGAAAAUAGAAAGAGUUGAAACAUUUUAAUAUGAUGAUGAAACCUCACAUCAUGAGACAUCAAAAAGAGGAUCUUUGAAAUAAGGAGAAUAAUUACCAUAAAUGUUAAGUUAAUCAGAUUCAGAUGAAGAAUAUCCAAAGCGAAAAUAACAUUAAUUUGGGGUUAUGAAGGAACCACAAAAAACAUCAUAACUUUCUACAAUAUAAUAAUAUUCAUUUCAAAGUUUUUCAUCAGAACAAUAAUUUCAAAAUUUUGUUACAUUUUAAGCAUUACCAUCUUAACAUGGAAUAUAGGGAAAUCUAUUUUAAAAGUUUUCAGCAGAAAUGAAUUAAAUUGUCUAAACAUAAUAAACAUAGGCACCAAAAAACUCAAAAAAAGUUUAAUUUGCAAUUUGA